AUACCAUAAUUGAAAUGCAUCAAUUCUUCUUUGGUCUUCCUUAUCCGUUGUCCAGCUUUUGCGUGCACAAGGGGUGAUUGAAAAUACCAUGGCUUGGAUUAGGCAGACCUUACUGCUCAAAGUGACAUCUUUGCCUUUUAAUACUUUAAAGAGGUCUUUUGCAGCAGCUUUUUUUUUUUUUUUGCUCAACGCAUCUUUUGACCUCUUGACUGCUGCUUGCGUGGUUGAUGAUUAUGGAUCCAAGUAAAAUGAAACCCUCACAACUUCAAGGCACCCAACAACACCAACAGGAAAUCUAGGCUUUUAGUUGUAGGAUAAUACUUGUCAGGUGCUAUCGAGCCUAUUUUGACUCGUAGUGACUCCAUGUGACUGAGUAGAACUGCUCAAUAGUGUUUCCUAGGCUGUAAUCUUAGAAGCAAAUCACCAAGUCUUUCUCCUGUGUAGCUGCUGGGUGGGUUCAAACUGCCGGCCUUUUGGUUAGUAGCCAAGAAUUUUAAUCAUUGUACCAGCAGGGCUUCUCAGGGUAGAAGCAGAAGAUCAUAUUGGAUAAGUAAUUUGGGACGGGAUUAUAAAAGGCCUUGUGUUUCAAGCUAAGAUGUUUAGCCUUUAUCCUGUAGGCAACAGAGAAUAACUGAAGGGUUGUGAGCCAGGGUAUGGCCAAAUUAUCCUUUAGAAAGAGCAGGGAGACCAGAGACAGAGGCACUGUCAUCUCCAGGGCAAUGGGACUCGGCGACACGUCCAGGGGGAUUGCUGAGUUUAAUCUAUAAUAUAAAGACGUAAGGAACACGGAAGACUGGUUGGUAAUGAGGGUUUAUGAUGACAUACUCACAGCUAUUUCAGAGCCUCAAGGGAUGGGGUGGGGUGGGAAUCAUAUUCUAGGGUAAAGUUGAAUUGGUGACUGGAGGCGGGAGGUGGGCAUAGAGGGCCAGAUGGGGGACUAAGUACAGGACCCCUUAGAAAAUCCCUCUUGAUACGAGAGAGGCUUACAUUGGGCCACCUUCAUAUAUAGGAGCUCAUAUAUAGGCACAAUAGUUAACUGCUUGGCUGCUAACCAAAAGGUUGGUGGUUCAAACCCACCCAGUGACUCCGUAGGAGAAAGGCCUGGCAAUCUGCUUCUGUAAAGAUCACAGCCUAGACAACCCUGUGGGGGCAGUUCUACUCUGUCACACAGGUCACUAAGAGUCGAAAUCGACUCAAUGUACCCAAAAGCAACAACUCCCAUAUAGAGGCUUUUGCCUCGAACACUUUAGAGAUUUCUGGUUACCUGACAGAAGUGUUUGCAGGCCAUUGAAGCAGUUGAGGCGAGGUGACAGGCUGGAGCAGAGUGGUGGCCAGGUGCUGGAAAGAAGGCUCAGAUCUAUCCUGUCACAGGCACUCCAUUAUCCCCACUGCACCGCUCUGAACAGCUGGCCCUCUGUUCCCCUGGGGGACUCAGCCCUUACUGCUCAGACUGGACAGGAGAGGGGGGAUGAUACGACUGCUUGUCUGUCGCUUUCUCCCAAGGUCACUCUUGGCACCAUUUCCCUGGCCUGGAGCUGGGGGCUCCCGGGUGGGUCCCACACACCUUUUGCUUUAACCCACUUGCCCUGGCACAGAGCAGGGAAGGGUGGCACCGGCUGCAGCACCUUCUAAGAUGCAUUUGAGAGAUGUGAUCCUCCUUCAGACUCUUCCCAAAUCCUGACAUACAGCCCUGCUCUGCCCUCCUCCCCCACACACCAUGAGGGGACUUCUCUAGAGUCUUUCUCUGCAGGGGAGGGUGGGGGAGGGAUAGACUUGGUUCAAGGGGCCCAGCUUGGGCGUCUGUACAUUGAGUGGAGCUGUCUGCAGUACUGGGCUGAGGCCAAGCUAAACAGCCCCCUGCCCAGCUGUCUGAUAUAUCCUGCUUUCCAUUGGUGCUUUCCUGGCCUGGCUUGCAGUGGACCUUAGGGUGGGGAGGAUGCUGUUGGUUAACCCUUGGGAGUCCGGUGGGACUGCCUUUGUGGUUUCAUAGAUAGGUGACCUCAUUGUGACCACACAGGCCACAAUGGUGGCAGGCCCAGAGCCUCCCAGUGGUAAGCUUAUGGAGAGCGCAGAUGAAUUUUAUAGGUCAUUAGAAAAGUUGUUUGGAGGGUCAGGGUCCUUGACUCCUUCUUUUCACACAAAAAUUCAAGAUUUGACUGAACAGGGAUUCAAAGGGGGCUUUGCUCCCAACAUAUCACCUCUCCCUCUGGGAUCGGAGGGUUGUAUUAGCUCCACUGUUUGUCUUGUUCCCUUGCCCAGGAGCUUCAGGGGAACUCAGGGUGGAUUAACCGUAAGCAAGGUAAGGACGGGCUUACCUGUGUUUACUCACUAAACUGUAGUACGCAAUUUCACAUGGGCUUUACCACAUCAACAGGUGAGACUUCCACUUAGAUUAGUAAAUAUGCAUAAGUAAGCCUGUGCGUCUGUGCGUACCUUGCCAGAAAAGCAAAAAAAAGAACAACAACAACAAAAAAACCCCAAACCCAUUGUCAUCGAGUUGAUUCCAACUCAUGGGACCUUAGGAUUGUAAGUAGGCUGAGCAGGAACUCUUGUCCAUCAGGAGCAAAAUGAGCGGACCGUUUCUUCACGUUUUAGGGGAUUUAUUUCCAAUGAUAGCCCUAGCUUGCCAUACAGCAGUCUGUCUUUUUAACGCCUGAGGCCACUGAACUUGCCCAGGCCGGAAGUGGGUUGCUAAUUUAUGUGUAGCACCCAAAACCAAACCAAACCCCUGCUCUAUCAAGUGGAUUCUGACUCACAGCGACCCUAAAGGACGGAGUAGAAAUUCUCCAUAGGGUUUCCAAGGCUGUAAUCUUUACAGAAGCAGACUGCCGUAUCUUUCUCCUGAGGGGCGGCUGGUAGGUUCAAACUGCAGAUCUUUCAGUUAGCAGCCAAGCUCUUUAACCACUGAGCCACCUGGCCUACUCUGUGUAGCCCCAGAGGGGAGAUCUCCCAGAGCGCCUCCCAGGACCAGGACUAGGUGGCUUCUCCAAGGAACAGGACCAGGGCUGCCUGCUUGCAAGCUCCUUGUUUGUCAGAGCUCUGAAUGCACUGAGGGAUGUGAGACAGGGCUCCGAACUAGGAGAGUGGGACACCUGGGUUCCGGUCCUGACUUUGGCACUUCCCCUAGGAUGCAUAACUUCAGAUAGUUCACUGUCCCCCACCUCCCCCGCCCCUCGCCCUAACUGUUUCAUCAGCUGAAAAAUAGGGAUCAUAAUACAGGCUUCCCUCUUUUGGGUUAUUGUUGAACUUGAGUGAAAAGUAGUCAAUGUGUAUAAAAAGCUAUGCAAAUGUAAGAGAUUAUUAUUAACGUUUUCAUCCUUCUUCGGAGAGGCAGAGAGCCUCUGGGUCCUGAGUCUGGGCUCUGAUUCCACUGGGAGCCCCCGCAGCCCACAGCUUCCUCCUUGGGAAACUAUUGGGGUAUAAUUUGCCUGCUCCUUCAAUCCACCCAGAAGCCCCUGGGUGAUGCAAAUGGUUAACAGGCUCAGCUUUAAUAGAAAGCUGGAGGUUCGAGUCCAGGAAGAGGUGCCUCAGAAGAAAAGCGUGGUGAAAAAUCAGCCAUUGAAAACCCCGUGGAGCACAGUUCUAUUGUGACACACAUGGGGUCACUGUAAGUCAGAACUGAUUCAACGGCAACUGGUUUUUUUUUUUUUUGUUCUAAGCCACCCAGCCUCAGGCCAAGCCCUGGAGGGUUUAAGAAACCCCAGUCAACCCAUGAGUAAACCUCAGGGCCAGACCAUCCUCCUGCAUCCCUUCCUUUGCCUUCUUCCUCACUCUGUUCACACAGCCACCAUCCAUCUCCUCCUGAAGGAGCUGGGGUGAGGGGACGCUCUGGCUCCCCUGGGCAGAGUGCCCGAGGUCUGGGGGCUGGGUGUUCUCUGGCUUGGCUUGUCACCUGCCUUAUCCUUCUGUGGUGGAGGCAUUGCCGAGCCUAACAGAAACCUGCCUGCUUCCGAGGUGUGGCAGUAACUUUCGUUUAUGCUAAUGAUACCCAUGUUUAUAGAGCGUCUUUUCCCCGAGAGCUCAGAGCACAUUUCCUCCCGUGCCUGCUGCCAUCGCAGGUGGAGGGAAAGGAUCACGGUGACUUUAUAAACAGAGGCUCGGAGGCACUCAGGGACUUGGCUUAGGUCCCGUAGUGGCAGAGCCAGGAUUUGAGUUCAGUCGGACGGCAGCUGGGAAGAGUGGUGAGGUCUCUUGACUUUGAGCACGGACUCGUUGGCCCACUUACUUACUCAGUGCCUGAUGAGGAAGCUUGCUGGUCCUGGGUUGGUGUAGGCUGACUCAAGGGUAACCUUGGGCCCUGUGUUCUCUGAAGGUCAGCGAGAGUGAGGGGCGUGAGGCAGACAUGGCUGGCUGUGCCCAGAGGCAGCUGUCCCUCAGUCGUCUUGUGACCACCCAGCAUGGACAUGAAUAUGGAAAGGCACUCUGGAUGAAUACUAAGUUAACCCUCUGUCUCCUUCAGCAACACGCCCCAAAAGGGCGGGCCAGGGCAGGCUCCCUUGGGCUCCCUGGAUUGGCGGCCUGGUCUGAGGUGGAGACUUCUCCCUGGCACACGGCUGCUCAGGAGGCAGGUGGCUUAGUCCCACUUGCCUUUCUUCCCGGAGCUGGCUGUUAGGAGGUAGGAGAGAGACCAUUUGGGAUCUGAGGCGUGUCUGUGAGCCAGCUCCUGAACAUCCCUCCCGGGCUGGACGCCACAAUGAAAGACGGAACACAUUCUUACACCCAGUGACUGGCCAGGUCCCAGAGGAAAACAAAAAAUUUGACUUGAAAACAUCAACCUUGGACAUGUCCAAUAAAACAGGUGGGAAACGCCCGGCUAUCACCAAUAGUGACAUAUCCAACCACAACAUGGUGUCCGAGGUCCCUCCAGAGCGGCCCAGUGUCCGAGUGACUCGCACAUCCCGCAAAGCCAUCACCUUUGGCAAGCGCUCACACUCCAUGAAGCGGAACCCCACUGCCCCUGUCACCAAGGCAGGCUGGCUCUUCAAACAGGCCAGCUCCGGGGUGAAGCAAUGGAACAAGCGCUGGUUCGUCCUGGUAGAUCGCUGUCUCUUCUACUAUAAAGAUGAGAAGGAGGAAAGCACCCUGGGCAGUAUCCCACUUCUGAGCUUCCGGGUGGCUGCGGUGCAGCCCUCAGACAACAUCAGCCGAAAGCACACCUUUAAGGUGACUGUGUGCUGGGUGGACGAGGCCGGGGCCACUUCCACGCACUGCCUCUCCCCACAGGCCGAGCACGCAGGUGUCCGCACCUACUUCUUCAGUGCUGAGAGCCCCGAGGAGCAGGAGGCCUGGAUCCAGGCCAUGGGGGAGGCUGCCCGAGUACAGAUCCCCCCAGCACAGAAAUCUGCACCCCAAGCUGUGCGCCACAACCAUGAGAAACCAGACUCAGAGAACAUCCCGCCCAGCAAACACCACCACCAGCCACAGCACAACAGCCUCCCCAAGCCUGAGCCAGAGGCCAAGACUCGAGGGGAGGGUGAUGGCCGAGGCUGCGAGAAGGCAGAGAGGAGGCCCGAGAGGCCUGAAGUCAAGAAGGAGCCUCUGGUGAAAGCCAAUGGCAUCCAACCGGGACCAGAACCUGCCUCAGAGCCAGGCAGCCCUUACCCCGAGGGCCCGAGGGUCCCAGGGGGUGUGGAGCAGGCCGCCCAGCCCAACGGCUGGCAGUACAGCUCUCCAAGCCGGCCGGGGAGCACAGCUUUCCCACCUCAGGACGGAGAGAGUGGGGGACACCGGCGGAGCUUCCCGCCACGCACCAACCCUGACAAAAUCGCCCAGCGCAAGAGCUCCAUGAACCAGCUUCAGCAGUGGGUGAACCUCCGCCGGGGAGUGUCUCAACCCUCCGAAGACCUUCGGAGUCCUUCUAGGUUCUACCCAGUGUCCCGCAGGGUCCCUGAGUAUUAUGGCCCCUACUCUCCCCAGUACCCUGACGAUUACCAGUACUACCCCGCAGGGGUGCGGCCGGACAGCAUCUGUUCCAUGCCUGCCUAUGAUCGGAUCAGCCCGCCCUGGGCCCUGGAGGACAAGCGCCACUCCUUCCGCAACGGGAGUGGCCCUGCCUACCAGCUGCGGGAGUGGAAGGAGCCCACGGGCUACGGGCGGCAGGACGGCACUGCCUGGAUCCCCAGCCCCUCCCGGCAGCCCGUCUAUUACGAUGAGCUGGAUGCUGCCUCCAGCUCCCUGCGCCGCCUGUCCUUGCAGCCCCGCUCCCACUCCGUGCCCCGCUCGCCCAGCCAGGGCUCCUACAUCCGCGCCCGCAUUUACUCCCCCGCCCGAUCACCCAGCUCCCGCUUCGAGCGACUGCCACCCCGCAGCGAGGACGUCUACGCUGACACCAAUGCCUAUGUCAUGAGGAGAUCCAUCAGCUCCCCCAAGUAUGAUUACCUGGGAGACAGGCGGCCAGUCCCUGCAGGACUGUUCCCCUACAACUACCCACCAUCCCCCACGAUCCACGAUAAGAUGGUCCCUUCGUACUCAGAAGUGUUCCGGGACAGCCUCCACACCUUCAAGUUAAACGAGCAAGACACAGAUAAGCUGCUGGGCAAAUUGUGUGAGCAGAACAAGGUGGUGAGGGAGCAGGACCAGCUGGUGCAGCAGCUCCGAGCUGAGAAGGAGAGCCUGGAAAGUGCCUUGAUGGGAACCCACCAGGAACUGGAGAUGUUUGGGAACCAGCCUGCCUACCCGGAGAAGCUGCUGCACAAGAAGGAAUCGCUGCAGAACCAGCUUAUCAACAUCCGGGUGGAGCUAUCUCAGGCGACCACGGCCCUAACUAACAGCACCGUAGAGUAUGAGAACCUUGAGUCGGAGGUCUCUGCCCUACACGACGACCUCUGGGAGCAGCUCAAUCUGGACACUCAGAAUGAGGUGCUUAACCGGCAAAUCCAGAAGGAGAUCUGGAGGAUCCAGGACGUGAUGGAGGGGCUGAGAAAGAAUAACCCAUCCCGGGGCACAGACACGGCCAAGCACAGAGGAGGUGGCCCCUCCACCACCUACAGCUCCAACAGCCCAGCCAGCCCUCUCAGCUCCGCCAGCCUCACCAGCCCCUUGAGCCCCUUUUCACUGGUAUCUGGCUCUCAAGGAUCCCCCACCAAGCCCAGAUCCAAUGAGCCCAAGGCAAACUACGAGCAAAGCAAAAAAAAAACCCACCAGGCAUUACCCCUGGACAUCCCCAGAGAUAUCAGCCUUGGGCCUCCUACUAGGCAAGAGGUGGAGGCGGACAAGCAGGCAGCUCUCAACAAAGUUGGUAUUGUACCCCCUCGAACAAAGUCACCCACUGAUGAAGAGGUGACCCCAAAAACAGUUGUGAGAAGGACUGCCAAUGGGCUCGCCAAUGGACUAGCCUCCCGGCAGGAGCGCCCCAAGAGUGCUGUGUUCCCUGGUGAGGGGAAGGUCAAGAUGAGUGUGGAGGAGCAGAUUGACCGUAUGCGGCGGCACCAGAGUGGCUCUAUGAAGGAGAAGCGAAGGAGCCUGCAGCUUCCGGCCAGCCCAGCUCCUGACACCAGCACCCGGCCCACCUACAAAGUGGUGCGCCGUCACCGCAGCAUCCACGAGGUGGACAUCUCCAACCUGGAGGCAGCCCUGCGGGCAGAGGAGCCUGGCGGGCAGGCCUACGAGACGCCACGGGAGGAGAUCGCCCGGCUUCGCAAGCUGGAGCUGGAGCCCCAGCACUAUGAUGUCGACAUCCAUAAGGAGCUCUCCACCCCAGACAAAGUCCUCAUCCCCGAGCGGUACGUCGAUUUGGAACCUGACACUCCCCUGAGUCCCGAGGAGCUGAAGGAGAAGCAGAAGAAGGUGGAGAGGAUCAAGACCCUCAUUGCCAAAUCCAGUAUGCAGAACGUGGUGCCCAUCGGCGAGGGGGACUCUGUGGACAUACCCCAGGACUCAGAGAGCCAGCUGCAGGAGCAGGAGAAGCGGAUUGAAAUCUCCUGUGCCCUGGCGACCGAGGCGUCCCGCAGGGGCCGCAUGCUGUCUGUGCAAUGUGCUACCCCAAGCCCUCCCACCUCCCCUGCCUCCCUGACUCCACCAGCCAACCCCCUCUCGUCUGAACCCCCACGGGGCGCCGACAGCAGCCAUACCAUGCGGGUCUGAGCUCUGACUGCAAGCCCUGGCUGAGGCCAAUGCUGUGAAGCUCCAUGGAGCCGCAUUCUGAAGUCCUCCUCUGCCCACGUGCGGUCCUGCCUCCCCACCUGGCCCCCUGCCCCUGUGGUCCCCUGGGAUGCUGCAGGGAGCCAGGCUGGGGGCCAGGGUUUGCUACUGAGAGGAGUAUGGAAACCUCGGUGUCCACACACCCAGCCAUGCCUAGUCCUGAAGUCUUCACUACUCAUACAGUGGUCCUGGACCAGGGCCUCGAGGUGGCAGGUGGCCCAUCCAGGCUGGGGGUGGACCCAGAGCACCAUCGUCUCCGAUGCCCACAUCACAGGGAGCCUAGGCCUGGCUCGGGUUGUGAUGACCCUACUGGAACAUUCCCUGAUGGAGAACAUGCCCUGGUGGGGAGCAUGUCCUCGGCUAUCUUAGGUUAGGACUAGAGGUGACGAGGAGAUGGACACUGUGCCUCCUAUAGCCCCUCUUGACACCAAGGACAUCACCUGCUGUCAUUCCCUUCCCCUACAAGCCCCACCCUGCUGUCCCAGGGCUUUGACAUAUCUCUGCUUAUGGGUGCUCCGUUGGGGUCCAAUUGAGGCUGACCACCCCGCUUGAGCCAAAGACAAGAUGCUGAGAGAUGAGGAGAGGUCCCCCGACACCCAGAGGGACAGUGCUGGCUGCAGAGAGAGAACGAACGGCAGGUCUGUGCAGUGUCUGAGGACAGGUUGAGAAGGGGCAGCAGAGAAAGGGAGGAAUGGGGAAGCAGAAGGACCAUUUGCAAGUAAAACGGAAGAGGAAGGAAAUGGGAAGGGGGUCUGAGAUGGGUCUCCUCAGGGCUGGGCCUCAGCUCAGCACCAAGUGUUAUGCCAGACCUUCGCAUCUGCUCCUCCGGUCAUCACCCCAGGGUCAGCUGGGUGCAGGCUUAUGGCCCCAGGAGGACUUUCCAGCAGAGCACAUGGUGGCCUUCAGCUGAAGUGCUUGGUGUGGCGAUGGAGGUGCAGGGUGAAGGGGAGUUGGGUAGCGGCAGCUGUGAGAUGGCUCUCGGUAGAUCCAGGCCUGGUAUAUGCCUCCCCAUCAUGGGGUCAGGGGCAGAGAGAAGAUCCUGUCUUAUGUGGGGUGUGGUCAGCCUUGGGGCUUUAUUUAACCCACUUUGCGAGACUUUCUUGCUCCCUUCCCCCUGGAAUGGGCUGUGGGCCAGUGGGGGACAGAGUGCACCCUGGGGCCAAGGAGUGAGGCCUUAGCCUGGGAGCCCAGACUCCAGGACCCUGCCCUCAUCCCAGGCAUCCCACACAAGGACCAGCUGAGGCUGUAUGGAAGGACUCAUGUCUAGGUGGGCUCUCUCACAAGCAACCUACCUACCCAGGGAGGCCAGUGUGGAGAGGCAGGCAGAAGCAAAGCCCAUUCCUCCUCUGUCUCUGCUCCGCCCACCUGGAGAUAAAUGUAGCAGAGGAGGGAGGGAAAUGAAGCAGAGGACACUUUGGCCUCUAGGCCUUCUCUUUGCCAGAGUUGCCACCUGGAAACAUCAGCCUGACCUCCAGUGGCCCCAAGAACAACUACUUUAUCUCCCACCAAUUCCUCUCCACUCCUUCAUGGCUGAGACAGUUACUGGUUCAUAUGCAAGUAAAGAUGAUCAUUCAUUCAACAAAUACUUAUGUACCAGGCACUGUUCUAGGUGCUUAGGAUAUUCUCAUGUUUCUGAGGGGUUCCAGACUGGGGGCACCCUACCUGUCUUCAUGUGUGGCAGGUUUUUUGAACAUGGCCCCUGGCUUCAUCUCCUGUUUUCAGUGCAGCUCAAGUACCCAAAUCCAUUCUUUCUUCCCUACUAACCUGGCAGGUGGGAUUGGCUCCCAAGGAACCCUCUCCUUCCCCACAUCUGUCUCCAUCCAUAGGAAACAGAUUUUCAAAGCCUUCCAUGCCUUCCCCUUCUUGGUCUCUUUUUUUUUUUAAGCAGUGUUUUUAGAAAUACCUGUAAAAUACCAAGAAAUAAUGUCGACACCUCUGCUACCUGUCUCUCACUCGUUAUUUCAUAAAGCUGGCUCUUUAUGUUGCUUUACAUGCCUUAAUAUAUGUUUCAUGAAGAUUAUACAUACUAUAUAUAUACAUAUGUAAUAUAUAUAUAUUUGUUUGGAUGUCGGAUCCUUUCCCGGAGCGCCUGCCCAGGUUCAUUUUCUCUCCCAAACUUUUCACAUCAUUCCUAUCACUUUGAGGCCAUAGUCCUUGCCUUUUGAUCCAAAGAGGGGGAGAGGAAAGACUUACUUUAAGACAGAUCUAUUUUACGCUUUUGUUAAGAGCAAAUCUAUUUUCAAAAUGUGCAAUGUCUGAAUGGAUUGGCAAAUGACGUGAGGAGACUGGGGUAGCAACCCUCACUCCCAACAGCUUCCUUUUUGUUACCCAGUCUGAAGGGCUGGCCCCGGGGCUCCUGGAGAGAACCUUCGAGGGGCUGGAUGUUCUCCGGGAAGUCCUAGUCUAAGGAUUAUCUGAUGUGAAUCCUUUUGAAGGAAAUGUUUACUCUUGGGCCAGUUGUGUGCACAAAAGUAUACCCACACAGGCACACAGCUGCCCCACCAUGUGCUGCUGGACCCCCCUCCAUCACCCUGCUGGAAAAGGCAGAGCAGGCAAUGGCUGCCACGCUAAAGAGCACCACGCACGUCAGCCUGCUUCUCAGUGGACCUGUGCCGCAGUGCAAAGCCAAAAAGAAAUGGUUUGGGGUCACCGGUGCCAUCUCUGUUCUUUGGCACAGACCCUUGUGAGUUCCUUGGACUUCUUACACUCCUUUCAUUUGAUCCCUCCCUAGUGGUAUCUGUCUCACUCCGUGACCUUUUCUCUCUGGAGGCUGUUCUUUAGGAGAGGGUACCUCAGUCUGGCAUCCAGACUGUGAAGUCAGCCCCUGGGCUGAGGAGGGUCCUGCAGACACUGUAAUAUCUCGGCUUUGCCCAAGACACCCCCAGGCCUUUUCUCUGGCUGGCAGCUGCUGGAACAAUGAAACAUACCAGCCCAGCCUUCCAAACACUUACCAACUAUCAGAAUGGGCCAGGGGCUCUUAUCUUGGAUGUCUUUGUCCAUAUCUGGAAUCAAGGGUGUUGGCUGGGUGGCCUGGCAUGGAGCUCCUGGCCAGUAUCGACGUCCGACCCCCCAGCUUUGGCGCUUAUACUGGCACCCUGUCCCCAGCCUAGGGCAUCUUGCUAUGAAUGAACUGGGCCCAGAUGGAGGCCACUUAGGGAAAGCCCUAGUUACUGAUCUAGGGCCUCCCUGAUUAGCACAUUACCUACCUGAUCAAUAACCAAGAGGCUGCAGUCACAUCCUGCUAACACCACUUUAAAGGUGUCCUGAGGUUGCAAGCUGCGUGCACUUGCUCUCCUGCCUUUGUGAGAGCGUGCUCGUGGGGCAGGGCUGACCAGGCAAGGCAGACUAUUCCUUCCCCUCUAGGCUCCCUUCACCUGGCAGCUCUUAAGACUAAGAAAAAAUAACAAAUAUAUAUACAUAUAUCAUGUAUGCACACAUUGGGGCCAAUUUGACUUGCUAGUAUUAGACAAUAAACCAUGCAAGGAAAUGUAUGAUCUCAGUGUCUUUCUUUAGUAUAAAAGUGACCUUAGAAGAAGAGUGAAGGUUAGGUAAGCCGAGGGCAUGUCUGUGGGGACCACACAGCAGUAGCAUCCCCUUAGCAUCCUUCUAGCCAAGCCUCCCACUCCCCCUGGGGGCGGGGGCCGUCCUGACAAAUAGGUGAGAGGUUGCUUCCUCCUUUCAGCAGCAUUCUUUUUAGAUAGACCCCCAGUGAGCCCUGCAUUUGUAUCUUGCAAGUUUGUAUAAACCCAAUACAGGAAAUAAAAUGAAUGGUUUGUACAAGUGGUGUG